AUGGCAGUCAAGAAUGUGGAAGUAGAAGUGCCAAAGACGCCAAUUGAAGAAGAUAUCAAGGCUCCUGGUUGGUUUCAACAAUUGUCGGACGUUGCUGACUACUGGAAGAAUGAACUGGUGGCAUUACUGCUUCAUCAAAGGAAACCAAGCUAUGCUCAAACGUUAAUGGAUAAGGCGACUACGUUUGAUCAAUGGACUGCCGCUGCUGAAAUGCUCGACAAGAUUGAAGGUACCAUCAUAAAUCUAUCACAUUCAUGGUCAUGGGGUGCUGAUGUGAUACAACUAGGACAUGACAAGUGGAAGGCAAAUCCAGUAUCAUCAGACUACGAUUACCGACUCGUACAAGAUCGACUAGCACAGCUCAAAAAGAUUCGUGAAUCUGGGGAUCUCAUGUCCAUGAUCUACUACUUACGGACAUCUAUAACCAGGAAUUUGGGUGAUUGUGGAAACUACAAGCUGUUCGGUGUAGCGCAUCUAGGCACCAAGAAUCUGAUUGACGAGUAUCAAGAAGAAGUAAUGACAAUGCUGAAAACAAUAUGUGAUAUGGAGGCACCAGAUCAAGUUGACGAAAGCUUCAAGUAUGAUUGCUUCAUGAACAUGCAAAAAGCGUUUGGAAGGACUGCGUUGCUUUUGAGUGGUGGUGGAACAUUUGGUCUGGCUCAUCUGGGAGUCCUUAAAGCUCUGCAUGAAGCCAAACUACUACCCAAAAUCGUUAGUGGGUCCUCAGUCGGAUCUUUGAUUGCUGGUAUAUUGUGUGUGAGGACAGAUGAAGAGAUUGGCCAACUGUUUUGUCGUGAGACGUAUAAUCUGAACACAUUCGAAAGACCAGGAGAAGGAAACCUGUAUUUGCGUCUAACACGAUUUCUGAGACACGGAGUCAUAUAUGACGGAGAAGUCUUUAGAGAAUCUGUGAAGGAGAAUCUGAAAGGUGUUGGGAAUAAUAAUACGCGUGGAGAUAUGACCUUUCUCGAAGCAUUCAACCGAACAAAACGAAUUUUAAACAUCACAGUCAGUUCAUCGACAGUCUAUGAAAUGCCCAGGUUGCUGAAUUACUUGACGGCUCCUAAUGUGCUCAUCUACUCUGCUAUAUGCUGCUCAUGUGCCAUUCCAUUCGUAUAUCGCUCUGCUCCUUUACUGAUGAAGGAUCGAUCUGGGAAAGUCACUGCUUGGAAUCCAUCUGGCCAAGUGUGGAUUGAUGGAUCAGUCGAAAAUGAUUUACCAAUGGCUCGCAUUUCGGAAUUGUUUGGUGUUAAUCACUUUAUAGUGUCACAAGUGAAUCCACAUGUCGUACCAUUCAUGCAAACCUCAUUUUCGCCCUCCUUAAUAAGUCGACUGGUUGGGAGUACGUCGUCCGUGUUGAGAUCAGAGUUGCAACAUCGUCUUGGACAGCUGUCAGACGUCGGCCUAUCAUCCAGUCUCACAUACCGAGCUCAAGCAAUACUCGUGCAAAAGUAUUACGGAGACGUAACAAUCGUCCCAACAAUGACAAUAUCCGACUAUGGACGCAUAGUAACCAACCCCACAACCGACCUCUUCAACCGAUACCUCAUAUCAGGAGAACAAUCUACAUGGCCGUUAAUCCCACUCAUGCGAAAUCACAUUCAAAUUGAAAUGUGUAUUUCAGAGUGUAUGUAUAGUCUGAGGACUAAGAAGUUGGCUGGUAUGAAACAGGAUGAGAGGGAGGGGUGGAAGAAGAUUGGGCAGAGGUUGAAUGGGGUAGAGAAGGAUGUUAUUAUAUCGCAGCCUGAUUUGUCGAGAUAG